AUGGCGCGCCUCGGGAUUCUCAACGAGGAAACGAACCCGGGAACCCGCCAAAUCCACGUCAUACCUCUGAUGGCCCCACCCCCAAAUUGCCCACGUGGCACCGCGCGAAUUGGGCUGGAAAUGGCGACUGAAGUGGUGGCUUCUUCCGCUGUUGCUGCUUGCUGUUACGGCGGCGAAGGUUGGUCCCAGACGGCGGUGUAUCGCGACGGAGAGGACUCACAGGCUUUCCGCAUCUCAAAACUUGCGGAUCAUGGCUCGAUUUCAUUUGGGAGAUACGAAUCGGAGGGUCUAGCUUGGGAGAAGUUCUCGGUGUUCUCUCCCAACAGGCGCAAGGAGGACGUGGAGAAGUCUACUGCGCCAGGUUUUGUUGCUCAGAAGAAGGCCUAUUUUGAGGAAUACUUCAAAGGGUUCAGAGCUAUGAAAGGGUUGUUCAAACGGGAAUCCGGGGUAGAGAGCAGCAUCAGGGCAGGGAAAGAUAACGGUGUCGAGAUGAUCGAUCAUGACUCGACGAAAUGGGGAAGCUGCAGCAGUAGCAGCUAUGCUGUGCCAAUUCAGGUUCUGGAGAAGGAGGAUCAUGCAGAUCUUGUUUCUGAACACAAUGUUUCCACAAUGAUGAGGGGUGAAUGUGGGAAAGGUAAAGGUCAAUCUCAAGGAGAUGGUUCCUCCAUUGGGAAUCCAGAUACCUUACUAAAAGAUGGCUUAAAGUGCUCCAAAAACGGGAAUCGUGCAAAACAAGCAAAGAAACAGAUCUCUGCCAAGGGGUCUGUUGCUUCAGUUGCAAGUAUACCGAAAUUGGGUACAGAUUUAGGGAAGAGAUCUGGGGGGUUGAAGCCAUCUGUGAGUCGAAGUGUUACGAAGAAGUUGGUGAAAGAAAUUAAUCCUGCCCAAGCUUCCACGAACACUAAAUCUAACCAGGCCCGUUCCCUUAGGAAACUUGGUGAAGUUCAGAAGAGUACAGCCACUGGUGUUCACGUGAAAUCAACUAGAGAGAAGAUGGUCUCGCCUACAAAGACCAAAAACAGCAUAGUGAAGCCAAAUGUAACUUCAACUAGUUCAGGAAAGCUUUCAGUAUCUGCUCAGAACACGAAAGGGACCACCAUCACUGGCCAUCAGAAGAGACCAAGUCUCGCUAACAGGAACUGCAAUGAAGUUGGCAAGAAGUCAUUAAGCCCUAGUGGCUGCCAAAAUGGAGGUGAACCAGAGAACCUGAGGCCAAAAGCCAUGUCAACAGAUCCUGCUGCCAACAAUGCAUCAAAAGCUGGGGCCAAGUCUGCAAGGAUCACCGGGAGGGGAGAAAAGCCGGAAAAGGGGAUGACUGCACCCAAUGCUCGAAUCGGAAGAGAACCCAAGCCUUCCCCAUCUAAAGUGAGAGUCAUUCAUAAGACAUCAAAAGACAACACUGAGCAUAAGAUUUCUUCAUCAAGAGUAGGCUUGCCGAACGAGAUGAAAGAUACAAGACAGCGGAUUCCAACUUGGCGUAGAGUUUAA